AUGGGUCGGCUCGACCGGAGUGAUACCACGGCCUCACAGAAUUCCCGCGUGAAACAACCACAGCGUUGUGUUUCGCCGUAUCCCUAUAUCCGCAACCCCUAUCCCCAAAAGGCCGACAAUGCACUCGUAACUCCUUUGGUGUUGCGGGUGUUCAUGGGCUGGAUUGCUUACCAUCAGUCUUGGUGCAAAGUGCUCACCAAGAUGAAUUAUUCAAGCCCAAACACAAGGCAAUUAGUCCAAAUAGUCAUGGAGAUCCUUCGACUUUCUUUCGGCUUCAUCAUCAAGUCGAGUUCAACUAUCGACAAGUUGACGUCGGCAAACGAACAGACGGAUUACCUGAUGGUAAGCAAUCAGCGCCGCCCAUGGACACCCGCAACGGAGGAGUUACGAGUGCGUUGCCGACCUUUUAGGGAUAAGGGAUUUGGAGAUUUAGGAACUGGGGAGGGAUUAGGGAAGGGAAGGAUUGGGCCUCCGGUAACACAACAAUGUGGUAGUUUCACGCCGGUUUUCUGUGAGGCCAUGGUAUCACUCCGGUCGAGCCGACCCAUUCGUGCCGAAGCAUGGCUCUCCCACACUCUUGUCUCGGCAAACGAGCAGACGGAUUACCUGAUGAAAAAUGACAUAAAGAAACAUUAUGAUAAAGAGAAACCACAAGAAUGGCACGUUUCAGAGAAGAAAAAGGCUGAUGACGAACCCAUUUAUUAUUUUUAUCACAGUGGCACUGUAAAACAGUAUGCUGCUGGACUGGCAGGUGCACUUGGCGCGCUGGCGGCAGGGUCAAAUUUGGGUUGGUCGGCUCCGAUAAUGGUGAAACUAGAUGCGAACUACGGGGGUUACGGUUUCCCUGUAUCGAAGGCCCAGGGAUAUUGGAUGGCUUCCGUGAUAGCUCUCGGAGCCGCCUGCUCAUGCUACCCGAUUGGUUUCAUUAUGGAUGCUGUAGGUCGGAAAAAGACAUUGUUGAGUCUCACCAUACCAUUCUUAUAUUUUUAUCUUCAUGCCCGAAAGCCCGAAAUAUCUAGUAAUGAAAGGCAGAUACGAAGAUGCAAGAGCAGCUUUAGUCAGACUCCGUGGGACGAAAUAUGA